ACUCAAUCAUUAACAUCAUCCAAUGCGACAACAUGAAUUGAGAUGAAUCAUCUGACUUAAUGAAGCCUCUUAUUUCUCGUAUAGCUACGCGAGACCUAGUUAUAGCCUUGAAUUGGCUUACGAACGCGACGAACGAAUUUAUUCAACAUAAUGCCAUUCCUUGCUAAGCACCAAUGACAACUCUCAUGGUUUCUAGUCGUUCCACUAGAACACGCUUGCGCUUAACGCCCCUAUUCAUACAUUAAUCAUCGCGCCUUGACCGUCGUCUGCUAUUAUAGCAACGAAACUGUAAACGACGGGCAACCGAGCCCAAUUCCAUCAUUUAUACCCCACCGUGGACGCUUUUUCCCAUUUUUGAAUAUGACUCGAAUUUUGCCCGAAAACUGCGCUCAUCACCCAACACGAUGCCGCACCGAACGUAUAAUAUCGCUAUGGUUAGCGACUUCUUCUUUCCCCAACCAGGUGGAAUCGAGAGUCACAUCUACCAACUUGCUACCAAGCUAGUCGACCGAGGACACAAGGUCAUUGUGAUCACCCAUGCUUAUGAGGACCGGAAGGGAGUUCGCUACCUGACCAACGGCAUCAAGGUCUUCCAUGUCCCAUUCGCUGUCAUAUAUCGAUCUGCCACCUUUCCGACUGUCUUCUCCUUCUUUCCCCUUUUCCGCAAUAUCAUACUUCGGGAACGAAUCGAGAUUGUCCAUGGCCAUGCUAGUUUGAGCAGUCUCUGUCAGGAGGCUAUGCUGCACGCCAGAACCAUGGGACUGAGGACUGUCUUCACAGACCACUCGCUAUUUGGUUUCGCUGAUGCGGCAAGCAUCUUAACUAACAAGCUAUUGAAGUUCACGCUCAGCGACGUAGAUCAUGUUAUAUGCGUCAGUAAUACAUGCAAAGAAAAUACGGUCUUAAGAGCAGCGUUAGAUCCUCUCAUGGUCUCUGUCAUCCCUAAUGCUGUCGUUUCGGAGAACUUCAAGCCUCUUCCCCGCCCGGAUCCGAGUAACAUGACAUACGUCCAGCACCCGCUACCUGCGCAUCCCCUCGGGCCAAACGAUACCUUGACAAUCGUGGUUAUUAGCCGUCUCUUCUAUAACAAGGGAACAGACCUACUCACAGCGGCCAUCCCGCGAAUUCUCGAAAACCAUCCAAACACUCGAUUCAUCAUCGCCGGUUCGGGACCCAAGGCAAUCGAACUGGAACAGAUGAUCGAGCAAAACGUCCUCCAAGACAAAAUCGAAAUGCUAGGACCAGUCCGGCACGAAAACGUGCGAGAUGUGAUGGUCAAAGGACACAUAUACCUGCAUCCCAGCCUGACAGAAGCAUUCGGCACCGUCAUUGUCGAAGCCGCCAGCUGUGGACUAUACGUCGUAUGCACGGCCGUAGGCGGCAUCCCCGAAGUUCUCCCCUCGCACAUGACGGUAUUUGCGAAGCCCGAGGAAGACGACCUGGUGGCGGCUACGGGGAGAGCAAUCGCGGCGCUCCGCGCGAAUAAGGUCCGCACGGAGAAGUUCCACGAACAGGUCAAGGCCAUGUACUCCUGGACCAACGUGGCCAAGCGCACCGAGCGCGUCUACCGCGGCAUCUCGGGCGAUAUCGGCGAAGCUGAGUUCUACGGCUUCGACGUCGGCCACGAUCCGCACUGGCAUGCCACGCGCGGUCGCAAUUUUGCGCUCAUCGAUCGGUUGAAGAGGUACUAUGGCUGCGGUGUCUGGGCUGGCAAGUUGUUCUGUUUGUGUGUUAUUAUUGACUACCUGAUCUUUGUGUUUUGCGAGUGGUACUGGCCCAGGGAUCAGAUUGACAUCGCGAGGGAUUGGCCGAGGAAGCAUUUUGCCGGGGAUGAUGAUGACUAAGUUAGAUUUGGAAUGGGUUUAUGAGCGUAUGGGUUUGAGGAGCGUCUGAAUUGGGCAGCGCCAUAGCGAGUG